AUGAAAAUUAAUAAUAAUAUUCCAAACUAUCUCAAAUUACCUCAUAUUGGACAUUAAUGGAAAUUUUUGAAAAAUAUAGAAUUGACUACAUUUACAAAUAGUAGUAUGGAAUAAUCAUGCAAAAACAAUAACAGCAGUUUAAUGACUAAUAGUAAUAUAUGUCCUAAUCGAACUUAGUAUGAAGAAACCCCUUAAAAUAAGAAAAGAAAAUUAGCAAAAAGUUAAACAAUAGAUAUCAAAUAAUAAUUAGAUUAAAUUGAUUCAGUAAAAGAAUCUAAUAGUGGGCAAGUAAAAAAAAUAGCAGAAAAUCUAAUAAAACAAUAUGAUAAUUUAUAAGUCAAUGAUAAAAAGAAGAAUACUUUAAUGAUUAAAAAAUAAUUAUCCUAAUAAAAUUAAACAAAUCAAAAACUUUAUAUUGAAAAAUGCUAAUCAUUAUAUUAAUAAUAAAAUGAAACAAAAUAAAAUACAAAGCAAUAGGAACCAAAUGAAAUUAAUUAAUUUACAUAACUUUUUUAGUUAAUUUAAAAUUAAGGAUAGAAUAAAGUUAAGAAAAGAAAAUGCCAAAUUAACUUUUUUAAGAAAAGUUCAUCAAUGGAUAACAUAAAUGUAGUAGAAUAGCAAAAAAAGAUUACAAAAUUACUUUUAUAAUCGAAAAUUAGGAUCAAGCCUAAGUUCUCUCCGACUAUUAAUAUCUAGGAUCUCCUGUUGAAAAAUUGA